GGCGAGGCGUGUCCCGGCGGCGUGGCCCUGUCGCCCGUGCAGGCCUAGAAGAUAAUCCGUGGGGGCGACGAGCCGGCUGUCGGCUACGGCGGCGGCGGCGCGGCUUGUGAUUACUGCCACCAGGAAGUUUUGGCCCAGCUGUGAAAGAAUUCCAUCUCUGGUCGUAAGACGGAGCAAAGCGGCGGGGAGGCUGCUCCCUGCUGAGCACGGGAUAAAGUUAGCCCUGGAGAUUGACGCACCCGGGGCGUUGUAGGCCGUGAGGGCUGCAGGUGCUGCUGCUGCUGCAGGGUCAGCACGGCUUAGCUGUGAAGGGCCCGUUUGGCGGUGGGCGGGCGUGUGCGGGCGUGAUGGUUGGCUGGCUGGCACGGUGGCGCGGCCUGGGGAGGAAGCGUGGCGGCGGCGUUGCUUCCCUUCACAGGACAGGGCCGCGAGGCUCGAGAGUCGCUCUCAGCGGCAGUGUUACCCCGACUGUGGUGGAGAAGGCACCGUUGCUAAACGACCACGUUGCUGGCGGCACGUGCGGCCCUGCCUCCUCGCAGCGCCGACCUCUUCUGUGUUUCAUAAGCCUGCCACUGGCCCAUCACGUGUCCACAGUGUCUUGGGUUCUGUUGCCUUUGUGAGCCGAAGGGCGAGCUGCCGGAGGCCGUUCAGGACAAGGAAAGAGGGACGAGGUGUGUCUUGCCACGUAGCAGCCGCUCCUACGGACCCACGCGGCGACUAUGGCGGCGUGACUAGUGGCGCGGCCUUGUCCUACCAUGAGGCUGGUGCCUGUAAGGAGGCGGAGAAGCGGUACACCUGCUGGCCCACCUGUCCCGUGACCACCUGGCGCCAGGCACAGGCACCCCUGCCACUUUUAGCCUCGUGAUAGUGUGAGUCGCGGCGCGGCCUCAUUGCCCCUUUGUAACUGACCUCCACGGCGUGAGUGUCUCGGCGGUGGGAGGGAGCUGUUUGUUGGGCCUUGAGACGUCCUCUUCCUCCGCCUCCACCUCCUCCUCCCACGGGCAAGGAGGAGAGGGGAACGGCACGUGUCUGAGGUGCUGGGACAGGUAUUGUUGAAGAUGUUACUUGGCAGUUAGGCAGUGAUGUCACCAAUGGGCCCCCUAACCAUCCUCUCUCCUCUACCACACCCACUGGGCUCACCUGGCCAUGAUGUCCUGCCCAACACCUUUCACCAUCCAGUGCACCUUGUCCACUAGUCCUGCUGCUACUUGAGUACCUCCUAGGCAUGUCUGCUCCCUGCCCAAGCCUUUGCAGUCACACCCAGGGUUAAGGCACCGCACUCAUCGCCCUUCCAAAAAAUAAUAUUGAGACCAAGAAACUGAAGUGUGCAAUUUCAUGUUUUGUGAGUGAUAUGAAAAGCCAGCCUGUGUGUGCUGAGGGCUGAGCACAGCCCUGUGCACAGGGCUGUAGUGAGCUGUGUGGCUGAGUGGUGGCCCUUCAUUGUUCUCUCUGUAAGCAACACAAUGGUGACAUUACCCUAGUGAUCAUGGGUGUGGGUGUUCGAGAGGCGCGACACACAUGAUGGGAGCCCCAAGUGGCAGUGAGUGAGCCUGGGCUGGCCUCCCGUAGCGUGGGCGAGGGAGCCCGUUGCAAGGGUGGGUAUGGCGAGGCGUGGGGGUGACGCGUCCAGGCAAGUGGUGGUGUCUGUGGUAGGGGUGUCAGGAGGAGAGAGGGAGAAGGGUGUCACUGGUCUAGGGAAGUCAUGCCUCUGCAACCGCUUCACAAAGCCCCAGUCGGACCAGUACCAUGUGGACCACAUCUCCGUCCUCUCUCAGACGGACUUCAGUGGUCGUGUGGUGAACAACGACCACUUCCUGUACUGGGGGGAAUGUGCGCGGAUGACAGAUGACGGCUUUGAGUUUGUUUUCCAAGUGGUGGAACAAACUGAAUUCAUUGAUGAUGCCUCCUUCAUGCCCUUCAAAGCUGGCAAAAUGGACCCCUACAUCAAGCGCUGUUGUGCCACCAAGAUUCAGUCUGCAGAGAAACUCAUGUACAUAUGCAAGAAUCAGCUGGGCAUUGAAAAGGAGUAUGAGCAGCGUGUCUUGCCUGAUGGGAAGCUCAACGUGGACGGGUUCCUGUGUGUGUUUGACGUCUCACAGGUGCCCAACAGAUCCCUGGAGCGACAGGUGGAGCUCACUGCCAGCAUCCUCAAUAACUGCCUCAAGACCAAGCGGCCAGUUGUCCUCGUCACCACCAAGAAUGAUGAGGCCAAUGAGGUGUAUGUGAAGGAAGCAGAGAAACUAGCGAGUAGAAAAGAGUUCAAGGGUAAUAUCCCUUUAGUGGAGACAUCAUCUCAUGAAAAUAUUAAUGUGGACUGUGCAUUCAUGACACUAGCGAAUUUAGUGGAUCGUAAUAGAGGACGAAUAAGAAUUGUUCCAUUUUAUGAGGCAGCGAGACAUAGAAAGGAAAUUCUUGAUGUAGCAACAGAUGCCUUCCAAAGAUUAGUGCGCACACAUGUUCUUGACUACAGGUCUAUAUGGGCCUCAACUAGUAAAAAACUUGCUCAAAGUCCUGAAUUUAUACAUUAUGUGGACCUCUUUGGUAUGGACCAAGCGGCCAAGUUGUUCCGUCGACAUGUUAAAAAGUUGAAAGAGGAGUACCUGCAAAGGAAAGUGGAAGGAUACAUGGAUCUGCUGCCCUCCAUUCUACGUGAAUUCUUCCCAGACCUUCAGAGUUUAGAAGAUGGGGACUGGCUAAGCAUACAACAAAGGAUAAGUGAACACCCCGAGUUUGACCGUUAUUUCCUGCGAUGCAACGAAGACAUUCCCUGGUCAGAAAACACAGAACUAUUAGACUCUGCUGACACCCGCAUUCCAUUUGAUGUCCUCGACUCAAACGAGGCAGAGACGGUAUUCAAAAACCACGUUAAUGCACUUCAGGCAGAACUAGAAAUGAGGGAGAUGCGGGACAGGUUCAAACUGUUGCUGGCGGAGACUGGGUAUGUCACCCCUGGCAAGAGAUUAGAUGAGGUGCGAGUCCUCUUCAUGGGGAGGGAAAGCUUUGACUCUCUUUCAGAACAUGACAGACAAUUUAUUUAUGACCAGCACCAAAAGGACAUCACAGAAAAAGCAAGACAAAAUUUCCAUGAACUGUUACUGGAGCAGGCUGAGCUGUUUUAUCACGUGAAGAGCAUUGCCCCCACCGGCACUAUUACUCAGGAGGACAUACGGGACAUCACACAGACCCUCCAAGAGGACAGCAGGUAUAAGGCCUUGGACAGGUUAGAGAGUGAAAGAACUCUAUUACUUCUUCAACACCUUGGUUUUGUCCACUGUCCCAAGAAGGAGCAUUGUCCAACCUUUCCAAACUGCAUGGAUUGUCUCAUCGAGAAAAUCAUCGCCAAUAAGGCAGCUAGCAAUAGUCGGCCAGGUUCAGGCACAUGGAGUAGCAAGACUGCACCUGAUCCUCAAGUCAAUUUGGUCCUGUUAGGUAACCAGGGCCUGGCAGAUGAUCUUCAAAAUGUAAUCAGGAGUGUGUGUGAAGAUGACGAGUUUGAGUUGGACAACCAGAUAUUCUCGCUGGACUACCGCAGCAUAGACGGGGACGUAUCUCUGCCACAAAAUUCCUUCAAAACUCCAGAAUUUACUCCACAUGGUGUAGUGUGUGCUUACAGCAAUGAGGCAUCCCUAGAGUAUGUAAGAGAGUCAUUGGAGAAGUCCCUGUUGACCCAGCUGGAGCGGGAGGAGUCUGCUCCCACACCACCCAUCACCGUCCUCUUUGCCCCUGACCCUGACCUUGACCACAACGCUUCACAGCACCUCCACGACGAGGGCGCCAACCUGGCUGAUAGUCCCCCUGGCAGCUUGCAAUGCACCUUCAUGGAUGUUGGUCCAAGCGUUGGGGGAGGUGAAGGCCGCCGGUUUGACAGUAGCCUGGUGACCAAGGCGCUCCGCUCACUCAUCACUAGUAUUCAGCACAGAAAUAAUUCACUCAACAUCUACAACUCGGCAGUGUUACCUAGAGACUCCCAACCAGAUAUCAGAAUAAUAAUGUGCAUGCUGUGUGGGGACCCAUACUCUGUGGAAAAUGUACUUAGUCCACUUCUAAGCCACCAGUGGUGUGUGGUGACAGGGGAACAGUCCAUCUCCCUGCAAACAUUCCUUGAUGACUGCAAGCGACGUGUGGAGGUCAUUGUGUCAUCUUACCAUGGUGCCAAUGCAUUUCGGGAAGAUCUGGUGCAUGGUUUUAUUUUAGUUUAUUCAACAAAGCGCAAGGCAUCUUUGGCCACUCUCAGGGCUUUCUCUGCAAACAUUCCUAAUUUACCAAUCCAGAUCUUGGCUAUGACUGACACAAGCAGCGCUACUGCAUUUUUUAAGUCGGAUAUCUCUCAGCAACUGAUCACUGAAGGUAAUGCUAUUGCUGACAGGCUGCAGGCACAUUUCAUGACCUCCACUGCAACUUGCCAACAGAAAACUGCGUUUUACACACCAUUCUUCAAGGAGGUGUGGGACAAGAAACCUGAGAUAGAGCAGGCCUUUAACAUGGAAGACCCGUCAGGCCUGGAUGACUCGGGUGAGGGCACCCUAGAGCGGCCCUCCCACCACUAUCACCGCAGCAUCACCUUGCCACCCCCUCGUCGCAACAUGCCUCCUAGAUCACAAUCAGCGGAGGGAAGUAGUUCAGAAAUAUAUGAGACUGUGCCUACGGAUGGUUCUCUUGGGGAUGAUCUGGACGAGCCUCUCUCCCCGGUGUUCCCUGAUGACCAGCCCCUCACACCCUCAGAUGAUUCAGACAUUUAUUCCCACAUUGACAAUGAUGAAGAGGAGCAUCUUGUUAAACCUUCACAGUUCAAGAAGCAACACCGGUUUCAGCAAGAAUUAUUCCGUCAAUCAUAUCCAAGCACAGAAUCUCUGCCCACGACUGUGUCUUCCCGCUCCAAGGUUUCCACCCAGCCCUCAGACCUGGAGCCAACAUACCCUCCUCUUCCUCCAUAUCCUCCUCCACCCCCUUCUACUUCACCUCCACCCUAUAGUUUUGUUUCACGGGACCAGUCUUUUGAUAGUGGAAAUGGGGGAACCCACCCAAGGGAUGGGGCAUCUUCCCCAUCCCUGCGUGACAGACCUCCUCCCCCAUACUCUUUUGCCCCACGCACCCUGCCCCAUGAUAUGAACAAGCCUCAACCUGCCCCCAGACACCAGUUCUUUAAGGCAGAGAGCUUGACGCUUGAACACGGGGCCUCUGACAGAGACUACCACCUGAUGCCAGACCGAGCUGACAGGGGUGGUCUACAGGUGUACCCCCCUCCCACGACCCCCCCUGAGCCGGCUCCCCCAGAUCGUGAGUGCGUGGAGGGUCCUCCCCGUCGCCUAGUGAAGGCCACCACUCUCCCCACUCCCACUCUGCUUACAACAACAUCUCGCACCUCCCUCGAUGAGUUAACAUCUGACCUGAGCGGCUCUCGUGACUCCCUCACCACGCGUGACUCAGGUUGGCAGGAUGACAGCAUGUGCUCCCGCCGCGUGGAUGAUUAUUGGGGUGAUACCUUCACUCCUCAAGCCUUCACAACAGGACGCCGAGCAAAGUUUCCGCCACCACCCACCAAGCCAAGGCCCAAGGCUAGCCAGACCCUGAAGACGUUCCAGUCCCUGAGUGAGGCAGUGUAUCAGGUCACCACCAAGCAACCUGGCAAACUUAAUCUUAAGGCCUAUAGCAACGUGACUGACGCAAUUGGCAAAAUAAACCUCAAAGAUGCCGGCCUCCUACACUCUAAACUAACAAAAGGGGGUUCCGUGCACGCACCCCUUGCCACCCCAGAGAAUAUGGACCUUGGCACAGAUUACGCUGCUGUUAAGGAUGCUGUUCCUGGUCUGUAUGGAAGCUUUGAGGCUGGGGAGUACGGCUACUCCCGGGUGCAGGACCUUCCUCAGGGCGCUGGGUCCAAGGCUCGGCGACAGCGGAGAGAAAAAGGACGGCAAGCGUACUCGGACUCAGACUCUGAAUGGAGUUCCCUUGAGCGGCGACGUAGCACAGAUUCCUACAAAGUCAACCGCAAAGCCGUACCCAAGAGGAUGAAAAAGAAGCGGCUUCCAAUACCUGUUGCAGCUCCCCGUGUGCCCCCUCUCCCCUCCUUCUAUGUUGCUGAGGGAGCACCUGGCACUCGAUAUUCGGAUGAGAGGCUUUUGCUCGACCCCUAUGAGAAAGUGGUGAGCGGGUCGGCCUCAGAUGAUUCCGAGGGCACAGACCGAGAGGACCCGACGGCCCCGCACUCCAAAUAUAAACCUCAGAAACACACUAUUUCAUUUAAAAAGAAGAUGGGAGGCAGGGAGGGCGUGGCAGUGCGACCCCCUGUGGUGCCCCCCCUGCCCCCCACACACAACCUAUCCCACCCUCCCACCUCCCACCCACGCAUGGGGUUAGCUGCUACCCCCCACCACAACCCUCUCUCGUACCCCUUGGUGGCCCAGCUUCCCCCAGACACCGAAUUAUUCUCCCCUUCAUUUCCACCAGGAAAACUAGAAGGGGAUCAUGUCUAUAGAGUGAUUCCUGAAGAUGACUCGAGCCUUGAGGUAUCUUCCCCACGUGACCAACAGUCACCCAUCCUGCCUCCUGGAGCCCCUGCACGGAAGGACACAGAUAAGACUGCACGCCGCAAGCAAGAAAAACUAAGAUCAAGGGAAGAAGCUCGGCAGCGAGAAGAGGAGCGCAAGAGAGCCAAAGAUGAAGAAAAGAUGAAAAAAGCAGCUGAGAAAGAAAAGGAGCGAGAGAAAAAGAAGGCCAAAGGUUCAGCAAAGGGUUCUGCAAAAGGUCCUCCUCAACCUACUUUGGAAGAUUUUGUUCAGAGUCCUGAACGAUCUGUACCAUUGUUUCUGGAGAAAUGUGUCUAUUUCAUUGAGCUGGAAGGUCUGGACUCAGAGGGGAUCUACAGAGUGCCUGGCAACAAGGUGCAUGUGGAGCAGCUCACCACAAAGUUCAAGGAAGACAGCAACGUAAACUUUGCUGAACUUGACAUUCCUGUCAAUGCUGCAGCUACUGCUCUCAAAGACUACCUGAAACAACUGCCACCUCUCUUGCCUCAAAAUCAACUCAUGGAACUCACCACCAUUGCCAGUAUUGGGGAUCGGAGUUUGAGGUUACUGAGAUUAAAAGAAAUGCUUACUGGUUUGCCACGAGUCAACUUUGAAGUCCUGAAAUUUAUAUUCCAGCACUUUGUAAGGGUGGCUGAAAACUGUAAACUGAACUCAAUGGACAGCAAAAACUUGGCCAUCUGCUGGUGGCCAACUCUGCUCCACACAUUGCAGUUCUCAGACAUUGCUGAGUUUGAGUCUCAACGUCCACAUAUUGAAGACAUCAUCCAGACUAUGAUUGAUCAGUUUCCAUUCCUGUUUCAAGGGAAAGAAGAUUAUGUCAUGGUCUGAUAUUAAGCUGGGUUUUCCUGGUAAGCAUAACUUAGUUUGUUUACACUUAGCUCUGUUGCUUCUGCCUUGGGUAAGGAUAUAGCUAAUAAUAAACAAAAAGGGUUAUGUUUAUCAUGAAAACUUGACCCUAACUCCCUGCAGCUGCAUUUCUGCUGCAACUAAUCUCUUAAUUCACAAGAAAUCUCAUUGCCACAUUUUCUGUGGUUCAUCCAAGGCACUAAUGGCCUGUCUCUGUGGCCCAGUUUACUCAGUUGACCAGAUAUGUUAUGUAAUGGCAUCUUACUUAUUUAUUAUUUCUAGGCUACAAUAUUAAUUUCAAAGCUUAUAAUAAAUCAGAUCUGGUGCUUACAGCUCUAUAUUGAGAAUAUAGUCAGAUUGCAUAAUUCUGGAGUGAGCUGGCUGCCAGUUCAUAGUUGAAUAUUGCAAUUGUAAAUUUUGUAUUUUAGAGAGUUUACCAAAGAAGCUAUGGGUUAUUAGUGGAACUAUGGUCAAUCUAAUUCAGUUUGGAAUUAUAAAUUAAUGUUUCUUUUGUGAUACUUUUAUCUGUGCUCUUAUAAAUAAAUUGCAGCAAUAUUUGUUUUUAAAAUAAUUUUUAAAAUGUUUUUAAUAAGUUAGAUUUUUUUAAAGCCACCCCACCAUUGAUAGGCUAAAUGUGAAAUAUUCCAUUUGAUAAAGUUCAUUAAUAAACUGUCAUGUAGCUGACAUGGUGUUAAUGAAAUAAUAGUAUUAAAGUUUAUAUGAAAGUGCAGGUAUAGCAUUGAAAAUAGAUGACAAGAAAACAGUAUUCACUUCCAGUGUUUGGAUACAGUUUGAGAGUUGUUGUUAAACAUCUGGUUUCCUUGCCAGGAUGGGACUUGAUAUUAAUAGCCAUGUGUUGUUAGAACAAAAGUUCAUUUGCUCCUUAUAAUUGUGCCAAUGUCUGAUCCAUGAAAAUUUCACAUUUACAUUAUUCUCUUGGAGGAAAGUAGAGCAGUUACUUUUCCCUCUUUGGUCAUAUCAGUCAGUACAGAUUCACAGCAGUGUUGGGAUAGCAUGGGCCCCCAAAAUAGUCCAUGAACCAUUAAUUGCUCGAUCAUCAGUCAUCAUUAUCAAAUUAUAUGUCAGGAACUAAGUCCUCCCUAAUCUAUCUUCUCCAAUUUGGGAUUCUUAUGUCCCUCUCUGAACCAAAUCAUUGCAACAGUCCCAUUGUCUGGCAGAUGCAGUGCUCCCAGGUGUGGGGUAAAGUAUUUCCAUUGUCCUCACAGACCAGUAAUAGAACUCAUUCUGUACAUAAUUAUGAGGAUGUACACAAAUUUUUCAUCAGCAUUUUAAUUGAUUAGAAUGACACCUAGUUUAAAUUUUGAAUCAGAUUAACAAAAUUUAGUACUUAGCUUGUUGAAAAGUAUAAAAUUCAAUGGAAGUGCCACAAUCACUUGUUAACUUGCUGGGACAGGAGCUCACAUAUCAAACUGUUGAGUCUAGCAGUGUGAAGCAUUCCAUUUUAACAGCAGUGCUGCUUCCCAUUUGUUAUCAUCACCUAGAAAAUUUUAAGAACGUCAUUUAAUUAUUUCAUGACGUAUAUAUCCUGCCAUAUAUCUGCAAUUGCAAGGGAAGUCGCUGUAUGACCUCAUAACUCUUGCACAAGCACAUCGAGCUGUGUCGGUGUACCUCAAGUGGUGUGAGAGAUCAAUAUUCUGAUUGUUGAUCUGGCUGGUCAUUAUGCUACAUUCAGUCUAUUGAAAUUUAGGGAAAUCAUUUUUUUUAUAUACACAUAUAUAAAUAUAUAUAUUUCCUGUUAUGUCUUAGGUUUUAAGUGGUUCAUAAGAAUUAGCCAUAGGUUUGUUCAUAUUUUUUUUAUGAACUAUAUAUAAAAAAUGUGUUCUCAAAUUGACCAAAUAAACUUUGUUUAAUCAUGAAUAUGUACAAUAAGUGACUAGUUACAUGAAGUCUGUAUGAUCUGACUUUACUACCUGUAUGAAUGAUAGUGCCAUAGUUACUACGGCAAAAUGAGCAAGCAGUGCCAAUGCAGUGUUGAUCUUUUGUCUCAACGUCUCGCUAGUUGCUCCUUGUAACUUUAUUUUGUUACUUUGCCUUGUUUAGUGUUUUAGCCAAGUGGCUGCCAAGUGGUACUAUGUGUAAAGUUAGUGCUAUGCUGUGUGUCAUGUGGAGUCGAGUGGCAGCAGGAGCCACAAUAAGAUCCCCAUGGGUGAUCCUACUCAUUAGUUGUAGCACAGCAGUUGGUAGUAAUCUGUCCUGUGGAGGCUCCCACCACACCAAAAGUCAAGGACCAUCCCACCAAGUAAGACUGGACAUGCCUCCUGAAAACUUUUUUUUUUAUUAGUAUUUCUUUAUGCUGCCCAGUGACAGUAGUGUCAUAACACCCACACAGUGAUGUACUAUUAGUAAUAGGUAGUUCAAAUCUUGAGGUCCACGAUGCAGGUUGUUGGUGAAAGCCUUCCUGUUGGUGUCAGCAUCAUGAUGUACAGUUUGUUGCAUAAUAUGUUCCUUGCCAUGUUCUUUAACAAUGGAGUGUGUGAACUUCAAAGUUGAAUUGUACAUUAUCACUGUUUAGGAAAAAUAAGAACUUCUUCAUACAGUCAAUCUUCACUUCAAGGAAGAUUGAUAAACCAUAAUUUCAGAAUGCAGUGUUUUAGACUUGCAAUUUGGAAAUAGUUAAAUAAAGUAUUGUUGAUUUUUAACUGUGAUUAAUAAUACAUAUUUUGCCAUCCAGUUUAAAUACCAUUGAAUCGUUUGUGGAAAUUGUAAAAUAAAAAAUUAGGAACCUUAGUAUGUAACAAAGAGUAAAUACUAGUCAUCAAAGCCCUGCCCACUCGACCACAUAUGUAAAUUUAUAAAUGUAAUUGCACGAAAUAUUCUUUAAUUCAUUGUAUAAAGUCUUGGAACUAUACAGACUUGUACAGCAUAUAUGAAUGAGAGUGUCCAUGUACAGUGGAUAAUGAUGAGGGAACUUUUGGUAGUAUACUAUAAAAUGCAUAUUUGGAUUAGUAUACUACUAACUGAAUAAAAGGCAUUUGCAGUUAAUAA